AUGGCUUUUGCUUCUUGUCUAAGUUGCGACCCAUGGACUCUUCCUCAAAAUCUAAACCACCCAUCUCUACUUUUCACUCCUACAAAGCUCGCAAACUUCGUUACAUUUGCAUCCACUAAACACUAUGAGCAACUCACCACUUUACCUUCAGAAAAAGAACUUAUUGACAUCCUGCGUCGUGAAAAAGAUGAACACUCUGUGCUUAACGCCUUCAAAUGGGCUUUAAAGCAACCAAGUUUCGAGCCGUCUUUGUCUAUCUACGAGGAGAUGCUUAAAAAGCUUGGCCAAGUAGGCUCAAUCGAUUCAAUCAGAGGGGUAUUGGAUGACAUGAAGAGAUCAUCAUGUAAGGUAGCUGAAGACACUUUCUUUAUACUAAUCGAAAGCUUUGCCAAGUUUAAUUUAUACGAUGAAGCCAUUUGUGUGUUGUUCAUAAUGGAAGAAGAGUUCGGAGUGAAACCAGGUACACACACUUUCAAUUUCUUGUUAAACAUUCUUGUGGAUGGAAACAAAUUGAAGCUAAUGGAAGAUGUUCACUCACUAAUGUCAAGUAAAAGAGUCAAAAAAGAUGUUUCAACUUUCAAUAUCUUGAUAAAAGCUCUCUGUAAAGCCCAUCAAAUGAGACCCGCAAUUUUGAUGAUGGAAGACAUGCCUACCCAUGGAUUGACACCCGAUGAGAAAACUUACACCACAUUAAUGCAUGGUUUCAUUGAAGAAGGAAACUUAGAUGGUGCAUUAAGAAUCAAAGAACAAAUGGGGUUAGCACAAUGUGAAUUCACUAAUAUAUCAGUUAACACAUUAAUCCAUGGAUUUUGCAAAAUGGGACGAAUUUCAGAAGCUUUGAAUUUCAUCCAGGAGAUGUCAAAGGAAGGAUUUUAUCCGGAUCGAUUUACAUUCAACACUUUGGUCAACGGUCUAUGUAAAGCAGGACAUGUUGACCAUGCGUUAGAGAUUCUGGAAGUAGUGCUUCUAGAAGGAUCCGAUCCUGAUGUAUACACAUACAACACAGUGAUUUCAGGAUUGUGUAAAAUUGGUAAAGUUGAAAAGGCAAAUGAGAUUUUGAGCCAAAUGGUUGAAAGAGACUGUGCCCCUAAUACAAUCACAUACAACACUAUAAUCAGUGGUUUAUGUAAAGAAAACCAAAUCGAAGCAGCUUCCAAACUUGCCCUUGGUUUGACUAGUCAAGGAAUCUCACCCGAUGUAUGCACUUUCAAUGCUUUAAUCCAAGGUCUUUGUUUAUCAAGCAAAUUCGAAACUGCACUCCAAGUGUUCGAUGAAAUGAAAACAAAAGGGUGUCAACCAGAUGAGUUCACUUACAAUAUGUUAAUCAAUUGGUAUUGUAACAAAGGGAAACUAGACUCAGCUUUGAAGCUACUAAAAGAAAUGGAAGCAACCGGAAUCCCUCGAAAUGUAAUUACCUAUAAUACCCUCAUCGACGGGUUUUGUAAAAACAAAAAGUUUGAAGAAGCCGGGGAGAUUUUUGACCAAAUGGAGCUUCAAGGGAUUUCAAGAAACGUUGUGACAUACAACACGCUUAUCGAUGGGCUUUGUAAAAACAGAAAAGCAGAAGAAGCAGCCAUGCUUAUGGAUCAAAUGAUAAUCGAAGGUCUAAAACCCGAUAAAUUCACUUACAAUUCAAUUCUUUCUCAUUUUUGUAAAAUGGGAGACAUAAAACGCGCUACAGACACUGUUCAAGUUAUGAUCACAAACGGAUGUGAACCCGAUAUUGUAACCUAUGGGACUUUGAUUCAAGGGUUAUGUAAAGCGGGAAGGAUUGAUGUUGCUUGUAGGUUGUUAAGAAGCAUUCAGUUGAAAAACAUGGUGGUGACACCUCACGCGUAUAAUCCCGUGAUUCAAACGUUGUUUAAGAAACGGGGUGCUGAGUCAGCAAUGGAGUUUUUUAGGGAAAUGGAGGGAAAGGGUUGUGUGCCUGAUGAGGUGUCGUAUCGGAUUGUGGCUAAAGGGCUUUGUUCGGGUGGUGGGCCCAUUGGGCAAGCGGUUGAUUUUGUAUUUGAGAUGACUGAAAAAGGAUAUGUACCCGAGUUUUCUUCGGUUUAUAUGUUGGCUGAAGGGCUUUGUGCUUUGCAAAUGGAGGAGACUUUGGUUAAGUUGGUGGAUCGGAUUAUGAAUACUGCUAUGUUUAAUGAUAGUGAAGUGAAGAUGAUUAUGGGGUACCUUAAAAUUCGCAAAUUUGAGGAUGCGUUGGCGGCUUUGGAUCGGUUUCUUGCUGUUCGGAAACCUAAGAGAGGUUACUGGUGA